GGCAAAAUUAAUUUCUGUAUUUGAAUUAUAUUAUUUCAUGUUCUUAUGGUUGUUUAACAUAAAUAACACAAUUACAGAUACACUCGUGAUUGUUUUACUUAUUUAAGGUGAAUUCAAUGGAUAGGGAUGAGUGAGACGUACCGUGAGCAAUAUCCAUUGCUUUGUGAUGAUUUAUCUGAUGAGGAACGUCACAGUCCUCAUUACCAACGUCAAUACCGCCAUAUGAAGUAUAAGGGACGCGCCAGAAGUAACGUGAAGGGAGCUGUCGCCAUCCUCAAACGCUGGCCAGAUCAUUGGUCCAGUUUCCUGACUUACUGGUGGAUUGGAGUAGUCAUGAUUUGUCUGAUGACGUUCAUACUCUACAACAGCUUGUUUGCAUUCUCCGUUCUUCCAACAGCACAUUUUAAACCAAUGAGAUCCCACGUACGGAGCUUAAACACCGUCCCGUUUAUAACUCAAGGGAACAAAUUUCCUAAUGUUUUCAUUCACGUCUUUACUAACGAUGAUAAAGAAAUAGAUUUGAAGGAACAUUUAUCACGUGUUGAAACACUAGCAAAUAAAUAUUUACCAUUUAAUUACCAUCUAGUUGUAGUUGUAAACGACACCACGAUGGAUAGGCCAGAAUUUAAUCCAGAAGAAAACAAUGCAAACGCUUUAAAUUCCCUUUGGGGUAAAAACGUUAUAACCAAAAGUGAAGAGACUACAGCAACUAAUAUUAUAAUUGAAUACAUAAGUUUGACAAAAUAUAUGGAUAAUUCGCCGGUUAGCAAAUAUUGGCGAACGUUGUCUAAAGAAAUAAUUGAAUUUUUAAUACGUGCAUUAUCUAUAUGGGAUAAAGGUGGUAUUACUUUUGAUCCCAUAAUUUUGACGCCACAAACACCUUCCCCCAAUUAUUAUAAGAAAUUAGAAAAUAUUUUUAAAACUUUUAGUCAUUCUGAAACAGUGAAAUCCCCUCACACGCAAUCUCAAAACUCUAAGAAUGUGAGCCAUCAUAAAUUAAAACAAAAAGUGAACAAUAUUCGUGAUAUUAUAAACGCCUUAGAGCACGAAAAUAAUCUAGAUUUUUCAAGCGAUGAAAUAUUAUCUGAGGUGGAGAGCAAAAAUGUUGCAUUUAUUACUAAAGAUGUACAAAGUACAGUCAACAAAAUCACUCGAAAUAAUAAAAGUAAAUCUGUAAGCAAGAGAGAUAUGAAUACAAGGCUAUCCAAUAAUAAAAGUAGUUUCCAAGAAGAUAACAAAACAAUUCAAGUCGUGUCCGGCAAAAAUGAUACAUCUACGUUAACUAUGCUACCAUUAUUUUUAGAGUACUUUUACCAUAACAAUUCCGUCCCUAACAAAGAUAAAGAUUCUAUGGAAAACAACACUAAGGAUGUCUUAAACCAAAUUGUUUUGAAUAAAAACCAUUUAAAAACUAAUGAUAUAAAAGAAAAUAAAGACAAUAAUAUCCCAACUGGAAAAAAUAUUUUAGCAGCAGACGAAAAACGAAUAGAACCAUUGAUUAUCCCAGUUAAUGAAGUAAAUGACGACAUAAAGGAAACGAAAAAUGAUAGAACCCUGCAGUAUCCAUCAAAAAAUGAUAAUGGGGAUCAACAUCUAACAAUUGAUAUAAAAGGCAAUUUAUUAGCAACUGAAACAGCGUGUCAUGCGUUUUUGGGGACUAUAUUUAUAGACGCAAGUCAUUACCGAUACGAUGACAAGUUAUCUGAUUUUAUUGUUAAAGAAUUGUCAAUAUUUUGUAAUGGAGUUUUAUCCUCGUGUAGUGGUAUAGAAUUAAUUCUAUUGUAAUGUAUUUUAUUGUUGGUAUGCUGUCUUUAAUAAUAUUGUAAACUUUAGUAAUAAAAUUAUUUAUCAUAUCAAA